CCCGAUUCUUUCUUGUUCCUCAAGACGCCAUUUACUUAAAAAAGUAAAACAAAAUAAAACCUCACUCUCAUCUCGCCAGUAAUCCAACAACACACAGAAACAGAUCGACGAUACCACCACCAGCAGAUCCACCGAAACAUGGAGUGCGUGUUCGGUUUAGUCGGAAACGGUUUCGCAAUCUUAGUGGCCGACACGUCGGCCGUUCACAGUAUACUUGUUCACAAAUCUAACGAAGACAAGAUCAUGGUCCUCGAUUCUCACAAACUCAUCGCCGCCAGCGGCGAACCCGGUGACAGAGUUCAGUUUACCGAGUUUAUUCAGAAGAACGUGGCGUUGUACCAGUUUCGCAACGGAAUUCCGUUGACGACGGCGGCAGCAGCCAACUUUACGCGAGGAGAGCUUGCUACUGCUUUGAGAAAGAGCCCAUACAUGGUCAACAUUCUUUUGGCUGGCUAUGACAAGGAGACAGGACCCUCUCUAUACUACAUUGACUACAUUGCUAGCCUUCACAAGGUUGAUAAGGGUGCAUUUGGUUAUGGCUCAUAUUUUUCACUCUCCAUGAUGGACAGACACUUCCACAGUGGUAUGUCAGUGGAAGAAGCUGUAGAUUUGGUUGAUAAGUGCAUAAUGGAGAUCAGGUCUAGGCUGGUUGUGGCACCACCAAACUUUGUGAUAAAGAUAGUUGACAAGGAAGGAGCAAGGGAGUAUGCGUGGCGUGAAUCUGUCAAGGAAACCACUGUUUCUUGAGCGCGAGGGGUUUCAUACAUGAAUUGCUUCUUUUUAAAAUGUGUAAUUUGGAUGAGGCGGUAGAAUGUUAUAUCUAACUGCCCAAACUAGUUUCAAACAGUACUGUCUUCUUUGUUUGAAUUGCUUAUAUUUAAGAAUGGUUAAUGUUUUGGAAAUUUAAUUCAACUUCUGAA